ACUUGGGAAAAUGGCAAUAGGAGUCAGGGCUGGCCAUGGAUCCCCCUGGGGCAUGCCCUGGAGAAUGGUAAGAAAAUGACUUAAAGAGAAAAAAAUCUAUUUUAGUUAUUAAUUUUUUUUGGUGUGUUAAGUACAUGGGUUCAACCUGUGUCCUUCCCUCCCCAUCAACCCAAGACACAUCCUCUAGCUGUCACUCUAAUGAGGAUGGCCUCUUCCCUCCUCCAUGAAGCCCUAUCACAGAUACUUCCCAGCUCUGGUGUGACACUGGCCCCUUGCUGAUAGGUCUCUGCACAUUUUAGUUCUGGCUAUAAGCUUAUUCAUAAGUGGGGUGGGCAGAUAGGAUUUGAGGAUGAGUGGGGUUUGGCUGCAUCCACUUGCAUCUCUAGUCAUGAAUAGCAGGGAAGAGGCGGGGCUCAUGUGUAAUGUAGCAGCAGGGGGAGGAAUUGCUUAUGUAACUGGGACAACAGAUUUAGCAGGUAGAGGAGGCAGAGGCUUUGGAUGGGAACAGUAAGCUGUCGGCAGGGGCAACAUGCCCGGGUGGUUGCUUCUCAUAAGCAGGGUGGCAACAUCCAGGGUCCCUGGGUCCGAGGCUGGAAGAGCCUCUGGUCAGGUGUGGGAACUACCAGGUCAGGUCUGGAAGAGCUGUGGGGACUACGGGGGCAUCAGUGCCUACGCCAGGAGCCCCUGGAGCCGACCCCGUUGCUAAUAGAGAAGCCUCUGUCUGAGUGGCCAGUGCCUCAGUUCGUCAACCUUUUUCUGCCGGAGUUUCCCAUUAGGCCUCUUACAGGGCAUCACCAGCUGAAGAUUUUAGGACUUGUGGCUAAAGGCUCCUUUGGAACAGUCUUCAAGGUGCUAGAUUGUGACCAGAAAGCAGUAUUUGCAGUGAAGGUGGUGUCCAAGGUAAAGGUCCUACAGAGGGACAUCCUGAGGCAGUGCAAAGAGGAGGUUAGCAUCCAGCGACAGAUCAACCAUCCUUUUGUACACGGUUUGGGGGACAGCUGGCAGGGAAAACGACACCUCUUCAUUAUGUGCAGCUACUGCAGUACAGAUCUGUGCUCCCUGUGGUCCUCUGUCGGCUGCUUGACUGAGGCUUCCAUCCGCCUCUUUGCUGCUGAACUGGUUCUGGUGCUGUGCUAUCUCCAUGAUUUGGGCAUCAUCCACCGAGAUGUGAAGAUGGAGAAUAUCCUUCUGGAUGAACGAGGCCAUGUGAAACUGACAGACUUUGGUUUGUCCCGCCACCUGCCCCAGGGAGCCCGAGCCUAUACUAUCUGUGGCACCCUUCAGUACAUGGCCCCAGAGGUCCUGAGUGGAGGGCCUUACAACCAUGCUGCUGACUGGUGGUCCCUGGGUGUCAUGCUUUUCUGUCUGGCAACUGGGAAGUUCCCAGUGGCUGCAGAGAGGGAUCAUGUGGCCAUGUUGGCAAGUGUGACACACUAUGAUUCUGAGGUCCCAGCUUCUCUUAACCAGGGGCUCUCACUCCUGCUCCAUGAGCUCUUAUGCCAGAAUCCCCUACACCGUCUACGUUAUUUGCAUCACUUCCAGGUCCACCCUUUCUUUCGGGGUGUGGCCUUUGACCCAGAGCUCCUACAGAAGCAGCCAGUGAACUUUGUCAUGGAGACACAAGCUACCCAGCCCAGUCCAUCGGAGUCCAUGCUUUUCAAGAACUUUGACUGUAACCUGGAGUCCUACCUGGUCCAUCCCAGCCUUGCUUGAGCCCCUCUACUGUAGAUUGGGGCCUGAGAACCCAAGGAUCUCCUCCACUGCCAACUCAGUAUGACCACUUUGAUGAUCUUGUUUGUUUUUACUCUGUAGCCUCUUACUAUUCUGUUCUUCUACUUGUUGGACCAGAGUUCAAAUCUUGCGCAUUCUGCUAUUGGCAGCCACAAUUGGCCCUACCCCUCCCUACUCCCUAAUACAACUCACCUCUCAAUUCAA